AUGAAGAAUGAGCACGACGAGCCCCAAAUCCUCGCCUUUACAAUCCACCACCAUGGCAAAACACACCCCAUCGAGCUCCCCAUCACAGCUACCCUUCAAGACCUCACCUCUACCCUCGCGACAACCUUCCAAAUCCCCCUCGAGAACCAAAAGCUCCUGAUCGCCCCGAAACCAGGCAUGCUCAAGUCCCCAUUCCCCCCAACACCCCUACUCGAGCUCCUCCCCCUCGAUUCCCCCAAGCUCAAACUCACCCUGCUCGGAACCCCCUCCCAAGAAAUCACCACCCUCAACACCCAAGCCGCCGAAACCCGCCGACGAGACUCUGCGCGGGCCCAUGCCCUCGCCGCAGCCCGUCAGCAAACCUCCUCCUCCUCCUCCUCCUCCUCAUCCCGCCGCACAACCCCGCACCCGGGAAUCCACACCCUCUCCUCCUCCUCCUCUGAAAACUACACCUUCCACACCCUCAAACCCCUCCCUUACCUCCCCAACCCCUCCCGCUCACUACACUUCCUCACGCGCCUCCGCGAUGACCCGGGCAUCCGCUUCGCAAUGCACAAACACCGAUUCUCCGUGCCCCUCCUCACAGAAAUGAACCCCGCAGAACACACAACCACGGAAUCGCGCACGCUAGGUCUAAACCGCAACAAGGGCGAAGUGAUCGAGCUGCGCCUCCGCACAGACGCUUACGACGGGUACCGCGAUUACCGCACGAUCCGGAAAACGCUCUGCCAUGAGCUAGCGCACUGCGUGCAUAGCGAGCAUGACCGGGAUUUCUGGGAUCUGACGGCGCAGAUCGAGCGGGAGGUGGAGAGGGCGGAUUGGAAGGGUGCGGGCGGGAGGAGGGUGAGUGCGGAGGAGUUUUAUAACCCCGGGGAUUGGGAGAGAGAGGAGAUGGAGGGGCAUGUGGUGGAUGAGAGGGGGUGGGUUGGGGGGAGCCAGGUUCUGGGGUCGUGGAAUUCUACUCCUAGUAGUAGUUCUGGUAUGGGUGGGAUGAGGGAGGCUAUGGCCAGAGCUGCAGAGGAGAGAGUGAGAAAAGCGAGGGAGGAGAAACGGCGGGAGCAUGAGCGGGAAAGGGAUUCUGCAUAG